AUCCUCAGGCUGACCGCCAGCAGCAGCAGCAACACCCUGCCUCAGGAGGUGUCCGCCAGUCUAGUCGCCAAGUGGCGGAUUUUGGUCCCGUUCAUCCCGUUAAUCCGCACCUCAUUGCAGGAAAUCCCAAUUUCCAGGCUAACAAUGUACCUGGUCAAGAAAACGUCAACUUUAACACCAACCUUGGGCCUAACAUGGGCCAGCCCAUCGAGUCAGGCUGUAGCACGCCUCAACCGUCCGUUUUUGGUGAGAGCAUCCAUCUGUGUGCGUGUGGUGAAGGAGAAUUGCUGCCGAUGUGUCCUGAGCUUCCAGCGGACGUCUUCACCGCGUGCCUGACGACGCCAAUAACCAUGGCAGUGCGCUGGUUCCUGCUGCAGCAUUGUGCCUACCCGCCCCCUCUCCAUAUUGCUGACAAGAUACCUGGAGAACUGCAUGACCGACGCACGGUGCUCGGAGAGCUCAAUUGGGUGUUCACGGCCAUAACUGACACUAUCGCGUGGAAUGUUCUCCCUCUCGAGCGGUUCCAGAAGCUGUUCAGGCAGGACCUGCUGGUAGCGUCUCUCUUCCGUAAUUUCCUGCUAGCAGAGCGCAUCAUGCGCGGCUAACUUCCCCGCCUUCCUCCUACGCACUGUCACUCAAUGUGGCAGUCAUGGGAUCUAUCGCUGCAGCAUUGCUUGACGCAGCUCUGGCCAAGCUUGGCGUUCACACUUGGUGGUGGCAGUAACAACAACAGCUAUGGCAGCUAUAACAACAACAGCUAUGGCAGCUAUAGCAGCAGCGGCAAUUUGGACGCUCGUUCAGGGAGCUUUAAUAUUAAUGGCAAUCGUGGUGCUGUCACGUCGCGCUUAUCUGCUCUCAACAACAAACAAAUAACACGCAACGGCAAAGAUCAACAGUUUAUCAUUCAUCCCUCUAAUUUGCAGGGUUUGCAGUUGCCCUUCUUCCAGUGCCAACUUUCCGCCUUCCAAGCGUGGCUCAAACUCCCCCACCGCAACAGGGAACCUCCUGAGCAGCUACCAGUGCUACUGCAGAUAACCAACUAUNACACCACCAUGCAGGCAGAACAUCGCGGGCUGGCGGCUUUCAUCCUUGCAGUGAUGGUCAGCAACGACCCUGAGAACCAAAGAAAGGCUCUCCAGGCUAACAUCAUCCCCACAUGUCUUGAGCAAAUCUCCAACACAACUUUACCUGGACCUUACGACGAGGUAAACAACAGUUACGACUACGAAGUGCACAACCGGCACGACAUGCACGCUGAGGCGAGCGUGCGCAUGUGGCCUGUAGUUUGUCUGGCAGCGACGUGGCACAACAACCCCGACGUGCGUUGGAGCGCCACGCGCGACAACGCUCCUGAGAAACUCUACCCACUGCUGCUGGAUCCUGUGCCUGAGGUGAGAUGUGCAUGUAUCUACGCACUGGGGAGCUUCAUGAACGGUGUAGAACUAGCUGUUGCAUUACAACUCUUCGUCUUGCUAUACGAGAACAGCUUCAUUCAACUCGUCUCGCACCUGCAUAGCGAUAUGGACAGCCUAACCAGCAGCAUGGGUUCCCAUACACUCAACGCCAGCAUGAGUAGCAUCAGCAGUCGCAGCUCCAGUAGAAGCAUACUGAGCGGUGAGCCGUGCGACGCGUCGCUGUUGUCGCCGUCGGGCGCUCGUAUUAGCAGCAGCAGCGCCGGCGGCAUCAGCGGCAUGCAUCGAGCGGCCUCUGCGCUCACCGUUAGCAGUCCUGGCAGUUCCUGGAGUGGCAGUUUGCUGUCAAGCUCCGGAAUGUAUGCCCGCAUCUGGCAAGCCUUGCUGACACUCACCCGAGACCCGCAUCCUCCAGUCUCUGCCCUGGCUUCUAAAAUUACCAAUUUUGUUCUCAACAAGACUCGGCAGAGUGCUACGCUGCCGCGACGUUCAUCAGGCAGCACCUCUUCCACGCUAGACGAUCCUUUUGAUUUGUCUUCAUGUGUAACCUUCGGAAGCUUCUCUAGUUCCGGUUGUCAUGGAGACUCAAGUCUUGCAGAAUAUGGUCUUCCCCCUCCCCGCCACCGCCCCUCCUCGUCGGUGUAUAACAACGAGCAGUUCAUUAAACCACUAGUGAGCAGUCCCUUGUCGAUGUGGUCGUCACAGUUACUAGUUACUCCAGUGUACUGCCCUGCGGACACUCCUCCUACGUCAGCCUUCUUUGUUGCCCGCAAGGACCUUCUUCUUCUGCGUACAGCCUUAAAAACGCCGUGUGAUAAGCCCGCCAACGUGAGGUUGUUACCUGCGGCUACCGAGACGCGACUACUACAGGACCUUCAAGGCUCUAAAGACGCGACGCCUAAACGUGGCCGCGCUCGAGCUAAACUCGACAACGAAGUUCUUAAUGAACGUCUACCUUCGCUGCCCUCGGUGCUUCUCUUCCAUCCCAGCGCCCCACACCUCGUUGUGUGCGAGAAGGCUUACGUCAGUUCGUACAACCUGGAGAGCAGUGAGCUGGUCAACCGAUGGCUGAACCACCAAGUGUCCAGCCAACGCAUCACUUCAGCCUGCGUGAUAAACGAUGCUUGCGAGACCCCGCUCCUGGCAGUGGCAUCAGACGAGGGCUCAGUGAGGGUCUGGAGCAACCCUUUCUUCCAUACAAGGACCCAUAUCAAAAACUAUGCCACCAAAGAUCCUUAUUUCAAAACUCAAUGGCUUGAGGCUCAGUCCAACACUGGCUGCAGUAAGAGCAGUAAAUGCGACAGAGAAACUGACCCUAACUGGGAAACUUUGAAGACAGGCUGGCGAAGACGAGGUGGGAAUUUAAUGAUUGGCAACUCUUUCGUUGGCGACAAUAUUGGUGGCUUCUUAGGUGAAGGCUGCCAUGUAAAUGAAUCUCGGGACAGACUUACCGGCGGAUUUUUCGCUAAAGGCUACGGCUGGCAAAGCCACAGUCCUCUUGGAAGAGACGGAGUCUCCCCCACACCCACCAGCACCCCCAGUCCAUCUGGAAGCACAAGCUCCAGUGGGUGGAGUUCAAGUCCCUGGAGUAGCAGCGGUGGGGGCGCUGCCCCUGCACCGACCCCCGUAAACGGAUGGGCCAUUGGAGGCAGCAACUUCUUGGAGCCUCGGCGUCUUGACAUGACGCGCGUGCGUCCGAAAAUUGUCGCUGCCUUCAGUGCUACAACCUACGUUCGUCCUGGCAUGAAAGGUCCAGGCCCGCUGUUGAGCUGGUGUCAGGAGACAGGUCAGCUCGCUGUGGCCGGAGGAGAGCACCGCACCAUCAGACUGUGGGACCUGCGCACUGAACUACAUGCGGGGGACCUGCUUCAUACUGCCUCUACUGCCACCUCUUACGCCUCCUGCAUCACGGCACUUCACACGCAAGGUGUUCUCGUGAGCGGUGUCGUGCGAGUGUUGGACCUGCGCAACCGCUCGUCGUCGCUGCUCCUACAAACGCCUUCCGAGAUCACGGCCAUGGCCGUCAACGAGCGACAUCGCCUUUUUGCAGUAGGCACCGUGGCACAAACGCUGAGCGUGCACACCGCUGACGGCGGUCUGGUCAACACGAUGCAAGUGAACGAAGGUUUUCUUGCUCAACGCAGCGUCAGGGAGCGCAGUAUUGUGCAUGACUGGAAAGAAGACGCGUCUUGGGUGGUGUGCGCGCACCUAUUUAGUGACUAUAGUAUCAUGGCUGGAAGCGUGAGCGGUGUCGUGCGAGUGUUGGACCUGCGCAACCGCUCGUCGUCGCUGCUCCUACAAACGCCUUCCGAGAUCACGGCCAUGGCCGUCAACGAGCGACAUCGCCUUUUUGCAGUAGGCACCGUGGCACAAACGCUGAGCGUGCACACGGCUGACGGCGGCCUGGUCAACACGAUGCAAGUGAAUGAAGGCUUUCUUGCUCAGAGAGCCUCGCCUGUUGCGGCCAUUGCCUUUCAUGCCUCUAGGCCUCUUCUGGCUGCUGCUACCAAUGAUAAAACUGUUUCUGUUUACGGUCUGCAGUUGAGAUAAAAGUUGCAUUUGCUUUCCCUGACCAAUGUUGACAUGCAGGAAAAUGCGGCUAGAAUUGUCGGUUUACGAUACUCAGUUCAGCUAAAACAAACUCUUCUUUCUUAGUAUGUAUACAAAAUAAAUGUGUUUUCUUUCCUCGUUGUGCAGCUACGAAAGUACUGUUAUAUUUCUUGGAUGUUUUAUCCCGAGAAAGAUUUCCUAGUAAACGCCAAAUACACUGGAAAAGCUUUCCUUGUAAACGCUCGUAUCCUGGAAAAACUUAAAUAGUAAACGCUCGUUUCCUGGAAAAGCUUCUCUAGUGCGCUCAUACUGAUCACUUACCGGACAUGAAUGUAUGACUCGUUCAUUGUAUUCAAUGCUUGCCGCCAUGUUCACUGUAAAAAGAAUCUGCUGUCCAUUCUAUUCCACGAGAAAUUUUCCUAACCAUUUUUGUCAUAAUUUUGUAUAUUAUGUUUGCUUUGGGAGUUAAUGGGAUGUUCAUUGUUUUUUUUUUUUUUUUUGUGAACUUUGCCCGACGGUUCGGCAGCGUAAUUUUUUUGUCUUCAUUCUCAGGUAUUGCAAUAAUUGUGGUCGUAGUUGCUCAUUAAUUCAAUUAUGAUAGAUUAGCCCAGUCUGUGUUAGUUGUGCUUAUGUAUACUUUUGUAUGUUAAUUUGAUUCAACGACUGCCUUUGUCGUAAUUCUUCAUAAUUUUGACCGCCUUUGUCGUAAUUCUUCAUAAUUUUCUUCUCUAACAUGCUAAAAUAUUUGCAUUUCCUUUGGUGCUUUCUUACUUUAAAAGAAAUUACAGUAGCAGGCGAAAUCAAUUUUUAGUUUGUUCAAGUAUUUUGCCUUUGGUUUAUGUUUUUUCAUUAUUAGCUAUUAUACAUUUUUUUUAAACUCAACUUGAGUCGUCUCUGUACAUUUCUGAGUAGCAAUUUUCUGAUCUUCAACCAACUUAAUCUAUAACACUGCCAAUAAAUGUGAGGAUGUUAUUUAUUAGUCGAUAUUUUUGAGAAAAAAACAAUCUGUGCCACCUAUCAUCUUCUAUCAACAAUCUAGUUUAGAAUCCUUUAAAGUGUGAUGAUAGUAAGUCGCCGCGGCUUAAACGCUUGUAUUCAUAAACUGAACAAGAUACUUCGGAUUGCCUGAUGACUGAUCUAAACGAUCGUUACAAAUAAUUGACGUUAUACUGUCUUCACUUGCAGAACUUAAAAAUCUCGUGUUUGCUGCACCAAAUUAUUUGGUUGUUCACGGAUUUUUUUGCAGAGAUUUAAUAAUGCCAUGAGAAAUCGCUUGAUAUUGAAAUAGAUUGUACCUCUGUUGUGCAAUCAUA